GCGGGGCCCGCGGUGAGCGGUGUCGUCCGGCCGCGCGAUGCAUUGUGGGCGCGGCUGAGGAAGUAAAAUGGCGGACCUGGCGAACGAAGAAAAACCUGCCAUUGCCCCACCUGUCUUUGUAUUUCAAAAGGAUAAAGCACAGAAGUCCCCUGCAGAGCAAAAAGCUUUGUCGGAUUCAGGCGAGGACCCCCAGGGAGAGGUUGAGCCCCCCUACCAUGGUCUGGGUCACACAGAACCAGCUGGUGAGUGCGACUCUGAGCACCCUGCUCCUGCUGUGGCCUCAGUCAGUGCUACCCUGAGUCCUGCUUCUGAAGCCCAGCUUGCUCCUAUUCAACAAGAACUGGCAGGGAGAUCUGCAGAUGGAUCAAGUCCAGAAGAUGGAGAUGAAUCUGAUCGAGAGGAUGGAAGCUACUGUCCACCUGUAAAACGAGAGAGAACUUCAUCUUUGAAUCAGUUCCCUCCUUCUCAGUCAGUAACAAAGAACAAUGUCUUUAUGCCAUCAAGCUUUUGUGAACCCUCUGCAGGCAAUUCUGACUCAGAACCAGAGGAAAAGAGCAGUGGAUUCCGGCUGAAGCCACCAAUACUUAUCCAUGGUCAGGCACCGAGUGCAGGUCUCCCUAGCCAGAAACCAAAGGAACAGCAGCGAAGUGUGCUCCGUCCAGCAGUGCUACAGGCACCGCAGCCAAAAGCUUUCUCACAGAUGGUUCUCAGCAGUGGCACCAAUGGUGUAAAUAUCCCUCCAGAUUCUGCAGCCACAUCAGAAUCACCAAGUGAUGGAACAUUGAAAAGUUCAGACUCUGAAGACAAGACAGCAGAAUGUCAGAAAAAGGAGUCCAACAAUACUUCAGAUGAUGACUGCUCUGAGAAGGUUGAGCUAAAUGCACAGCAAGCAUUCGUUUUUGGGCAAAAUUUACGAGAUAGAGUUAAGCUAGGAGAUGAAAGCAAUGAAACUGCCGACGUGCAGAAUGCUGGCCUUCUGACAUCAGAUAUACCUUCUGCAACAAACUAUUUUCUACAGUACAUCAGUUCCAGUGUAGAGAACUCUACAAACAGUGCAGAUGCAUCUAGCAACAAGUUUGUCUUUGGACAGAACAUGAGUGAGCGAGUCCUAAGCCCACCAAAAUCAAAUGAAGGUAGUACAGAGAGUAAUAAGGAGAAUGCUGCUACAGAGUCUGGGUCUGAAUCGUCUUCUCAGGAGGCCACACCAGAAAAAGCUAAUAAUAUUUCAGAAUCACUGGCAGAGUCUGCAGCAGCCUAUACUAAAGCAACAGCAAGGAAGUGUUUAUUAGCGAAGGUAGAAGUGAUUACUGGGGAGGAAGCUGAAAGUAACGUGUUACAGAUUCAGUGCAAGCUGUUUGUAUUUGAUAAAAGCUCUCAGUCUUGGGUGGAAAGAGGUCGAGGACUCCUGAGACUCAAUGAUAUGGCCUCAACAGAUGAUGGAACAUUACAGUCUCGGCUGGUGAUGAGGACUCAGGGGAGUCUCAGGUUAAUCUUAAAUACCAAGCUCUGGGCUCAGAUGCAGAUCGAUAAAGCCAGUGAGAAGAGUAUCCGGAUCACCGCCAUGGAUACAGAGGACCAAGGAGUUAAAGUUUUUCUUAUAUCAGCAAGCUCUAAAGAUACAGGGCAGUUGUAUGCUGCAUUGCACCAUCGGAUCUUGGCCUUGCGCAGUAGAGUGGAACAAGAGCAAGAAGUCAAGAAUGUAGCCCCUGAGCCAGAGGUAACGCAGUCAAAUGAGGAAGACAGUGAUGAUGAUGAUGUCAUUGCACCUUCAGGAUCAGUUGGAAGUGGUCCUAAUGAUGAAGGUGAUGGGCAGAACGUUGGCAGCACAUAGCAGAUGUGAGCCAAUCUGCUUGCAAGGCUGCUAUGAACACCAUCUUGCAGGCAUCUCUGGAUACCCCAGGCCAGCAAUUCUUUCAGGCGGUUUAGAAAGCUCCAGGACUUAAGAACUGUGCAUCUCUGUUCUGUUUGUUUGGGUUUUUGGUCUGGAUCAGUAGAUUCCACACAAAAAAUAGCAGACUUGGAAACUACCUGAAUGUGGUUUGGGACGUUGAAAGCUCAUCAUAUUGAUGAGCAAAAAAAAAAAAAAAAUCCAACCCCAAAACAUAAACAUAAACACAAAAUGCAACCACCCCCAACCAUUUCCCCUCUUCCUUGUAAUUAAAAUGGCACAUUACAGCUUGUCACAGCUUUUCAUUGGGACCUUUUGGCUGUUUCUUCAAUAGUUCAUGUCUUGCAGGUCUCCAAGAUAGAACUUUUUGACAUGGUUCCAACUUGAAUUCUGCUUUUAUAACCCUUACUCCCCUUUACGCAGGGAAACCUGGUCCUCAAUAGCUCCUAUGCUCACUGGCUGCCCUUUUGGGUUCAUUUGUUCUUUUUGGACUUUAGAUGGGGCAGGUUAUGUUUUUACCAUUUAAUCCCAGCAUAGGUUGUGGAUGUGGACACCAUUGUUUGCUGUCUAGUGGGUUUGUAAACAGAAAGAAACAAAACAUUGUGGUUCACCAGAAAAGCUUUUUUAAUGCGAUAAGAGACUUUAAAGUCUGCAGGACGUUUUGCUAACUCCUUUUUUCUUCCCAUUUCAUUAUUAUUUUUUGGGGAUUUAUAUUGUGGUGAGACUUUUUUAUUUUAGUUUUUCAAUAAGAUGCUCUUGUGUGUUAAAAAAAGUGAAACUAUUGUUUUGUACUGUUCUUUUCUGUUACUAUUUAAGGGAGAGCUAAGCCACUAUAUAUAAUAGAUGUUGCAUACAAUUUUUCUUAAAAAAUUUUGUUUCUGUGGCUAGAGUAAAGUGCAGGAGGCAUACAGGUUACACCUUCAGAAAAGUUAAUGACAAAACAGCUGUUAGCCCUUGGAAGAAUAAAAUAGGCUCAUGUAAUGAGCUCUGCCAGCCAUUAAAAUAAAUCUGUAUAAUAAAGCAGCUCUCAUUUAAUGGCUUGAUUCAACAAGCCAUUUAAGCACUUGCGUGACUUAACUGUAUGUGAAUAAUCUUACUGAAGUCAAUGCAACUCUUCAUGCUUAAAGUUGAGGACAUUUUUUUUUAAAUCUUGCUGAAUUAAUGGCCUUAAAUAGAAAAUUUAACUUCAAAACCCUUCCUGUCCCUGUUCAAUUUCCUGAAGUCUUGCAGCAUGAAGAAAAAGGUAAUACUCCCAGCCUUGAGUAGUUUGGGCUGAAGGUUAUUGUAUUCUGUUCCACCACAAAUAAAAGCAAAAAUGUGGUUUUCUGUGUGCAAUUCUGAAGUACUCCUACUGUAACCAUAAGUCUUUUUUUUUGGUGGUUUGUUUUUGUUUUGGGUUUUUUGUUUUUUUUUUGUUUGGGUUUUUUUUUUUUUUUGUUUUUUUUUUUUUUGCUUUGGAUGUUUUUUAAUCAUUUGAGCCUUUUAUGUGAAAGUUGAGUUUUAUUUUCUUAUUGAAACAUAUGGUAUAUUCUUGUUCAGCAAGGUUGGAAUUUGGUAGUCACCAGGUCACUUUCACUUUAAAUUCCCCAAAUUGUUCUGUUUCCUUUAUAAAUAGUUUGCUGAUAGAUAAUUUCUGACUUGCAUGCUUGAUCUUUUGUAGGUUAACAAUCUAAAAUGGCAUCACCUAAAAGAAAAUGAAAGGGGAAGAAGCGUUUGACGUAGCAUGAAUUGAAAACAGAAACCCAGGCUAUAGCACAAAAUCAACUUUGAAAUUUAGUAUUCAAAUAGUAAAACAGUCCAUAUUGCUUCUAUUUUAAUGAAACACACUUUUCACUGGCAGUCAAGAACAAGUUUUCCCCUGUGUUCUGUUGUUAAUCAUCACUGAAGACUGAUGCUGUUGGGGCAGACGGUGCUUUCCCUUUUCCUGAUAGCCAGUUGAAGGAACAUCUGUGAUUGCUUUUGUGGAAAUUGAAAAGGGCUAAUGAUAAGCUGUGCCACUGCAUCUUGAGCUCUCUGGAUUGUCUGCUCAUGCCUUCUUGCAUUUUGGUUUUCUUUUUUCCUCCUUAGGGUUAUGGGGGUUUUUAUCAAUGAACAGACCUGUUGCUGCACCCCCUUACUCUUGGCAUGCUUCUACAGGAGCAUGGCAGAUUUCUUAGUACCCACCACACAAUUGUUUCUCCAUCACAAGUCUGGGGACUUUAGAGUAAGUGAUCUGCAUUUUGGAUCUGGGAUCUUUUUACAUUGUUGAGAUACUUGGAUUUAAACUACUCUUUUCAAAAACCCUUGCACCAUAAAGCUGUUUCUUGUCGGCAGCUUGUUCCUAAGGAAAAUAAUAAGGUGUCUUGGCCCACACACCUACUUUUGUGAAAACAGGCAUUAUUUCCUGGUCCAAGGCUCUAUGGCAUCCAUGCUGAGUCUCACUUUGAAGUGUUUUACCUAAAAUGCAAACAAUGGUGCAUGAAGAUUCAGAAAUAUUGAAUAAGCAUGCUUGCUUUGGGGUUUGAUGGUACACAAUCACCUGCAGCUUUCUAAAAAUUUUGGCAACUAUUUACUGAUGUAGAUUUUAUUUUUAGCUAGAAGCUUUGCAUAAAUGUUUAUAGUGAAGGCAGAAAUGUUGCUGUGCAUCCCAACAGAAUUGUGUUGCUGUGCAUCCCAACAGAAUUGGCAGUGGGUUGAGUUCAGGCCCUGCCCAGCAAGAUGCAGUUAGCCAAACCAAAACCCUGACUUAGCUCUCUGCUUUAAGCCUUUAGUAAGCCAGUGACAGGCAAAACUGGAUAAUGCCCAUGUAUCUCAAAAGAUCUAUGUAAGACUGUCAUAUCAAAAUGUACAUGGGAAUUACAUUAAAACCUGUGUCAGCAAGCAAGCAAACAAAACACCCUGAGCCCUGCGUUGUGUUUCCUGUACCAAGCAGCGGCUGUUCGAGGGGAGGGUAAUGGUGACCAACUCUGCUGCCUUACAGCAAUCUUCCCCUUGAUCGUGCUUAUGCUCCAUCUUUCCCCUUAAGCCUCUUGUUAACUUUUGUGUGGUUUUGACAAUUCCUUAUAGCCUGUUGGCUGCUAACCCACACAAGUACAGCCUUUCAGGUUUCCAAGUGGAAAAAAAAAUACUGAAGAGUGUAGUAAAGUUGAGCAUGCUUGCUGAUGACUCAACAGUGUACUCUGGCAACCAGGAUGGCCAGCCAUGUCCAUGGGGGGCAUCAGGCCAGCUGAGUGAGGGAGGGGAUUGUGUCGCUCUGCUCUGUACUGGGGUAGCGUCACCUUGAGUUCUGGGGGCAGUUUUGGGCAUCACAGUAUAAAAAAGACAUUGAGCUAGUAGAGGAGUGUCCAAAGAAGGGCCACAAGGAUGGGGAAGGGUCUAGAGGGGAAGGUGUAUGAGGAGUUGCUGAGGGCACUUGGUUUGUUCAGCUUAGAGAAGGAGAAACUAAGGGUAGAUCUCAAUGCAAUCUUCAGCCUCAUGAGGAGAGGUUAGGGGAAGGUACCAGUCUGUACACUGAUGACCAAUGACAGAGCUUGAGAAAAGAUCAUGAAGCUGAGUCAGGGGAGGUUUAGCUUGGAUAUCAGGAAGCUUUUCACCCAGAGUGAUUUUUGAACUGGAAUGGGCUUCUCAGGGCAGUGGUCACAGCACCAACCUGAAUUCAAGGAUUUGGACAGUGCUCUCAGUCAUAGGGUGGGGUGCCCUGUGCAGGGCCAGGUGCUUAAUUUGAUGAUCCCGAUGGGUCCCUUGCAACUCAUCGUGCUCUGUGAUUCCAUGAAAAUGUUAGAAUGGUGAUGUCACUGAAACCAGAACUAAGCCUCUUAGCCAUAAAAUGGCAAAAAAUGAAAAAAAAAAAGGCACCCACAGAAAACACAAACAUUAAGGUAAGAGAAUGUUGUCAUAACAACAUCUUUCUGGAGUCCAGUUCCUGGUUCAUUGCUUUAGAAAAGACAGGGCAGGAAAUUAUCUCAAUAAAUGAGUCCUCAGCCAUCCUGCACUAGAACUAGGGUGGGAGGUGACCAGAUUGUUAGAAGCCUGCAGGAAUAAAAACCGUCCAACUUUGUAAUGGCUCCUCUUUGUUCCCUGAAGUAUCAAUUGAUGCCAUUGCUUGGGUAUUACUGCCAUUAAAUGACUGCUCCUAACACAUCCCAUUCUGCAGUUCAACUGGUCUCUUGCUCUCCCAGUGAGUGUAUAAAAUGGUUUAUUUACUUUUUAGAAACAUGUUACGUAUUUCAAAAAUUACCAUGUUUCCCAUAAUCUUCUCUAGUUUUAGGAAUUCCAGUUAUGAUAAUUGCUAUAAUUUGUCAUACAAGAUUUUAUUAAACUGACUUUUCACUGUGUGCUUUUUCUCCCGGUGUUACUUGGUCUUUCUGUCCACUGACGGGCUUAAAUUGAACUCUAGUCCAUUCUGUGGGUAGCAGAUUCUCAGACAGGAUGUUACAAAGAUGAUUUAAUUUUUUUUAAAGGGUUCCUUUUUUUUCCCUCCUGUGAAAUCAUCACAGACCAACACAGGGGCAAGAGAGAAUUACUAAAUCAGACAGUCGGCCUUGAUUCUUUUUUACUAGGUGAAAGUACAGGUAUCUCAUUAAGAAAUGCUUACAGAUAAUUUCUGUAAAUAAAAGUCUCAUUUGAAGGUA